GACCAGCACAGCGCCUACGAAACCAAACUGGGAGGGGUCGCUGGGAAACCCUGGCUCUUCAUUGGCUGCGGGAGCUCGCCGAGGUGCGGGGGGAUCUCUAACCCUAUUCAGCAUGUUUUGUACAAGAAAUGUCAGCCAGAAAGGGCUAUCUGCUCCCUUCGCCAAAUUAUCCCACAGCUAUGUCAUGCUCCGAGAGCCCGGCCGCGAACUCUUUUUUGGUGGAUUCGCUGAUCAGUUCGGGCAGAGGGGAAGGAGGUGGAGGUGGUGGCGCAGGCGGCGGUGGCGGCGGCGGCGGCGGAGGAGGCGGCUAUUACCCUCACUACCUGCCACAAGCGUCCGAAUUGUCCUACGGUCUGCAAAGCUGCGGGCUUUUCCCGGUCCUGAGCAAACGCAAUGAAGGAAGCGGAUCGCCGGGGGGCAUGGUGCCCUCGUCUCACCCUUACAUGUCAGGCAUGGAGGUCUGGCUAGACGGCCCCAGGUCGUGCCGAAUGGAGCAGCCGGAUGGUCCGCCGCCCCCGAAUCACCAGCCGCAGCCCCAGCAGCCGCAGCCCCAGCAGAACCAGCAGCAACAGUCCCAGAACCAGCAACAGCCCCAGAAUCAUCACCACCACCAGCAGCAGCCCCAACAGCAACCGCAGCAGCAAGCGACCUCUUGCUCCUUUGCUCAGAACAUCAAAGAGGAAAACUCUUAUUGUCUCUAUGAUUCCGACAAAUGCCCCAAAAGUUCAACGGCCCCAGAGCUAGCCUCCUUCCCCCCGCGGGGCCCUCCCGAGGUCUGCGCCCUCAACAGCGGCGGCGGCGGCGGGGGCGGGGGCGGUGGCGUGCCGGUCCCGGGCUAUUUCCGCCUGUCUCAAGCCUAUGGCACCGGCAGCUCCAAGAGCUAUAACUCGGCGGCAGCGGCGGCGGCCGCAGCAGCAUCGGGGGCGCAGCUGGGCGCCUCCCAGUUCCCCCAGCAGCCCCAAGUUCGCUUCGACUCGCCGCCCGCUCUCGCUUCGGUCUCUGCUGAGACAGGCAGGAAGGAGAGCUCCCUUGAGUCGCCUCAGCCCACGGCCUUAGCUUGUGGGUCCCAGGCUGCUGAGGAAGAGACACAGGCGUCGUCCCCCGCCGCCGAGGAACUGUCCCCCGCUCCUUCGGAGAGCAGCAAGCCCUCUCCGGAGAAAGACCCCAUAGGCAACACCAAAGGUGAGAACGCAGCUAACUGGCUCACGGCGAAGAGCGGCCGGAAGAAGCGAUGCCCCUACACCAAGCACCAGACUUUGGAGCUGGAGAAGGAAUUUCUUUUCAACAUGUACCUAACUCGAGAGCGGCGCCUAGAGAUCAGCCGCAGUGUCCAUCUCACAGACAGACAGGUUAAGAUCUGGUUUCAGAACCGACGGAUGAAACUGAAGAAAAUGAACCGAGAGAACAGAAUCCGGGAGCUUACAGCCAACUUUAACUUUUCUUGAUGAACCUCCAAACGACCACCACAUUUUGACGGUGAAAAGAGCCAGUAACCCUUCUUCCUAGGCGCUAGAGAUUCGCACCUGUAUCACCCGGAGUCAAGAGUUCCCCCCCCCCCCUCAUUCUCCAUCUAUCCAUAGCAACUUUGCAAGGCGAGAUUGGGUGGGAUUGUUUGGUUUGUUUGUCUUGUUUUCUGGGGGUGAAUGGGGAGGGAGAGCCAUGCCUCCAAAACAAACAAACAAACAAACAAACAGAACGGGCAGAUACAUCAAGCGACGUCUUGGGCUGAGCUUGCUCCACUCCCUCGUUCCCCACUCCUUCCACGGGCCAAGUGUCAUCUCUCAGAGGGCCGCGCGUGUCUAGCCAGGCUACGAGCCCAGGCGACCCUGGCAACAAGAGUGUACUCAUUGUAAGCCCUAAGGUGUCUAUGGGGAGGUGACGGGUGAGUAGUCGAGGCCUUCCAUUCUCUUUCAGGUCAGAGUUGGUGUUUGUGUGUGUGUGUGUGUGUGUGUGUGUGUGUGUGUGAGAGAGAGAGAGAGAGAGAGAGAGAGAGAGAGAGAGAGAGACUCUUUCUUUGCCUUGCGGUUCCUAGUUGCUUUCUUUCCUUUCGAAGGGAAGGCCUUCACCACCGCGAACACGCAGGGUGAAAACAAGGACUUGACGUUGUCUUGGGGGAGAGAGAAGGAGGGAAAGAGGGAGAGAAAGAGUGGGUUUCCUUCUCUCUUUUCUCUGUAAACUAUCACAGCUUUAAAAAUUGAGCAGGAAAGGGAGACCUCGCUUGGCUCCAGCCAAGGUCUUGUGCUGCUCCGGCAUGAAAUGUUCACACUUACCUCUGACUCCCGCUAUCUUCCCUGUUGUAGAUAGUGACCUAAUGUAGUUUUGCUUAUUAUAUUAUGUGGAAUUAGUGGAUUUUUGUCUCUAAGUAAUGUUACCACUGGUAGCACGUGACAAGCACACACAAUUCUCCCUGCCUUAUGAGGAUGGGGGAGCAAAUUUCGCUUUUAUUUUGCUCACUAAAAUUCAUGGGACCCUUCAGAGGACUCUAGCAGACGGGAUAGAAGAGAGAGAGGGAGACAUUGUUCGGAUUUCCUUUAUACUGUGAAGUUACAUGCAUAAAAGGGUCAAACCUGUAGGUGCAGAAACAAAGAGAAGUCUAAGUACAAAUCUGUAUAAAUGUCUAUUAUUAAAGAAUUGCCAAUACUGUUUUAAGCAAAUGCAUUCUAUCGUUAUUAUAAAUGUUAGUCCUAGCUCUAUUUACUUCUUACCUUAAAUCAGAAUAAAUUAAUAUUGUAAUGCUGCUGUGCGUGGAAAAAAAAAAGACAAUGUUUAUGUUCUUAUAUAGAAGAAUAAAAGCCGUGGAAUGAAGCCUUUUAAUUUU